AUGUUAUCUCUCAAGGAAGUCAUACCUGCACUUACAAAAGAUUUCACAUAAGGAAUCACUCGAGUUGAUAAGCAUAUCUACAUCCAACCAAAGAAGGAGCACAAAUACACCUUUAUAUGGGUAAUACCAUAACUUAUUAGAUUAGAUGCAUGGAUUAGAAGAUGUUCCUGAUAGUUUUUUAGCUGGAUUCAAUAAUCCUGAAUUAAACCCUUUUGACCAUUAGACUACUAAAGUGAUUUUACUUUGUGCUCCUGUGAGGCCAUUAACUAAAAAUAAAGGAGAAAUGAUGACAUCAUGGUAUGAUAUAAUGAUUCCAAACUGGAAGUAGUUUUGGGGAAUCAAAUCCGAUAAAGAAUUGUGGGGAGUUGAUUAAGCCAUAGAAUCUAGAAAUUUCAUUUGGAGCUUGAUUGAUUAAGAACCAAUUCCAAAGAAAAACAUCUUCAUUGGAGGCUUUUCUUAAGGAUGCUGCAUGUCAUUAUUGGCAGGAUUAGGAUACAAGUUAUUUUGUUUUGUUAAUUAUAAAUAGAGAAUCCUUGGGUGGAAUACUUGGAAACUCAGGAUAUUUGUUCCCAUUCACUGAAAUCAAAAACAAGACUCCUAUAUAGAUAUUACAUGGCGAAGAAGAUGAAGUAAUCCCAUAUGAAUUUGCUGAAAAAUCCAUUUAACCUUUACUUAAAUUAGAAAAUAAUUUACAAUUCAUUAAACUAAAAGGAAUAGAACAUGCAAUGAUGUUGGAUAAUUUUAAAUUGAUGAAAGAGUUUGUUGCAAAACAUUUAUCAUGAAAAUGAC